UACUAUGCAGCUCGUCACUUUGCCGAGCGACCAUCGCCGAAGACGACGACGAUUAAACUACGCAGCGGGGUGCGGUGUGGAGACUCGCCACUGCCUCCGCUGGCAGUUACAUCGUCCUUUGCUUCGGUGCGCGACUGCAGUCAAGUUAGCCCAAAGCCACACACUGGACUCAUCAGAACCGAGCCCGACAUCGAUCGGGGUAUCCGCUUAGAUUCUGCCAUACCCUGUCCUGACACUCUUCUACAUUCGUACGUAAAAAGUCGACUGGCAAGGCUUCCAGCCACAAUCAGUGCGUGCAUGGUGUGCCGUAGUGUUCCGCCUUGGAUACGAACCCACCACCUCGGCCGGCACAUCUCCUGUAUUCGGAAGCCAGUGCCAUCCAUGAACGCAGUACUAUUCAAGCCACUUAGCCGAAGGAACAGCAAGUUGGGCCUGGGCGUCAUGUUGACGAGUGUAGAAAAUACCGAGGAAAAGUCACCAGUCAUGCACGAGCUACGUAUUGGAAAAAAUAUGGUAGGUAUGUGUAAGUGUGUAUGCGCAAUACAAUUUCUCCACGGGAUCGACCAGCUGCCCACACUUCCGGAAGAGUUUCCCGCUGUUCCAUCGUCUGCUUGUGUUAUUUCAUGCAUAGCUUUGCAAAGUUAA